GCCCAGACACUCCCGGCCUGCCCCGCCGGUGAUGGGAAAGAGGCGGAGGGUGAAGCUGCACUCGCUGCCGGAGAAGCGUGAGCGGAGUCCGCCGGCGGGGGUCGGUUCCUCCGCUGCAGCUGCAGCCCCGGAGGUGAUGCGGGACAAGGGCCGAGCCUCUGCCCGGCGGCCGGAGGCGGGCUCCUCGCUGCGGCGCCUCCUUCGGGAGCUGGAGGCGGUCCCGCAUAGCCGGGAGAAGGCGGCCCGGCUCUUCGAGUGGCUCCUCGCCCCCAUUUCCUCGCAGCAGUUCUUCGACCACCACUGGGAGAAGAAGCCCCUCCUGAUCCGCCGGUGCAACCCGGUUUACUACCAGGGGCUCUUUUCCACGGCCGAGUUUGAUGCCAUCCUUCGCGAUCGACAGGUCCAGUUUGGGGUGAACUUGGAUGUGACCAGCUACGAAGACGGGAAGAGGGAGACGCAUAACCCGCUGGGGAGGGCCCUGCCGUCCGUGGUGUGGGAUUUCUACCGGAAUGGCUGCUCCCUCCGGAUGCUGAACCCGCAGGCCUUUUCUGCCACCGUCUGGCACUUCCUUUCCCUCUUGCAGGAGCGCUUUGGUAGCAUGGUUGGAGCCAACACUUACCUGACCCCUUCAGGCACCCAGGGCUUUGCUCCUCAUUAUGAUGACAUUGAAGCUUUUGUUAUCCAGCUAGAAGGAAAGAAGCACUGGCGGGUUUACAGCCCUAGGAAGGAAGCAGAGGUGCUGCCCCGGUUUUCAAGCACCAACUUUCUUCAGAGUGAGAUUGGAGAGCCCAUUCUGGAGACCAUAUUAGAGGCUGGGGACCUGCUGUAUUUCCCACGUGGGUUUAUCCAUCAAGGGGACUGCCUCCCUGAAGCCCAUUCACUCCAUAUAACUGUCUCGUCCUUCCAGAGAAACUGCUGGGGAGACCUGCUGGAAAAGCUCCUUCCCGCAGCUUUGCAGAUGGCCAUCGAAGAGGAUGUCGAGUAUCGCCAGGGUCUCCCCAUAGACUAUCUGGAUUACACCGGAGUCCUGAACGCAGAUGCGAUUGAUCCACGCAGAGAUGCCUUUAUGAGAAAGCUCCAUACUUUGAUUACUCAACUUGUAAACUAUGCCCCAGUUGAUGCUGCAGUAGAUGAAAAAGCCAAGGGCUUUUUUCAUGAUUGCCUCCCUCCAGUGUUGACUGAGACUGAAAAGGCGCUUAGUGUGUAUGGACUUCCUGCCCGGUGGGAGAAUGGAGAUGUGCAAGAUGUUGAUGUCCCAUUCAAUGCAAAGACACAGGUACGGUUAGUUCGGUAUGGAAUUGUCAGGUUGUGCAACGAAGGAGAUAAAAUUUUGCUGUAUUAUACCACAGAAAAUUCAAGGGUGUACCAUAAGGAGGAGCCCAAGUACUGUGAAAUAGAGCCAGAGUAUACGGACAGUAUUGAAUUUUUGCUCUCUUCUUACCCAAAGUAUGUCAGGGUGGAAGCCUUUCCCUGUGUCACCUUGGAUGAUAAGAUUGCUUUAGCCACCAUUUUGUUUGAAAAGGGAUUGCUGGUUACAAAGAGCCCUUUGUUUCCUGUGAAGCAUAUAUGACCAAAAUAAAUGUGUUCUGGAUAAGGA